AUGGCAGUUUUCGGAGAGCACCAGGACAGCAUAACGGCCACGCGCGAGCCCUACCUCUCCCCCGAUUCGGCGUCGUCGACGCAGGUCAUCUUGCUCGACGACCACGACGACGGCCCCCUUUUUGACCUGUGGCGGCUCUUCGCCGAGACGCCCGCCACGCCUGGCCGCGGGGGCAGAGACAUCGUCGCCAAGUUCAUCCAACGGGGCCGCAGCCGCAUGCUCAUCAACGAGACGGCGCUCAUCGAAGCUGCGAGGAGGGCCGUUCCGCACCUGGACCAGCAAGUCGUCGACUUUGCCGGCCUGGCCUCUGCGGAGCAGCUGAGGGCGGGCCGGCAGACGGAUCUUCUCAUCGGCAUCCUGCCCGGCGAUUUCGCGCACUUGCGGUUCAGGAACCUGGCGCAGAGGCUCGGGCACCGGUACCAUCGCGCCCAUGCCAAGAGGCACGUGGAGGCGUCGGGGGAGCAGCAGCGGCAGCAUGAUACGGCAGAGAUGGAGGAGCAGCAGCUGAUGAAGCUGGUCGACAGCGUGGUGAGAGGCUUGUAA